AUGGAGUUUAUUCGGCAUGAGCUGGAGACGCGAACGAUUCUGACGCGCAACUCGCCCGUCGGCACGAGCGUAUACCUGGUUCCUUUCAACAGGAUAUCCAAAGUCCCCGAUGUCACCUUCUUUCUCAGCCAAGGCAGUGCCGACGAAAAAGUGCAUUGUUCGCCGGGCCAAGCAACGGCGUCCACAACGAGAAAGGCAGAUUGCAAAGCCGAGCUGAAGGUUUACGAGAACCUCGGCUACUGGCACAAGAUACCAGACGAAAUUGAUGAUUUUGGCAACUUUCCUCGUGCCUCAGUCGACUAG